AUGGGAAGCAGGAGCAGCUUGCGGCGGAGCGGAUUCCUCCUGAUCUGCGCAAUCCUGGCGGCACACCUCGCCGCAUCCACAUCGACGGCGAUCGACUUCCUCCCGGCCGUGAACUCCCCCGGCGCCGGAUGCAACGGAUCCAUCGCCGAGUGUAUGGCGGCGGCCGCGGCCAGCGAGGGAGCCGACAACGAGGAGUUCGCCAUGGAGUCGGAGUCCGCCCGCCGGAUUCUGGCGGCCGGCAGGUACAUCAGCUACGGCGCCCUGAAGCGGAACAGCGUCCCUUGCUCGAGGCGCGGCGCGUCGUACUACAAUUGCCACGCCGGAGCUCAGGCCAACCCUUACCACCGCGGCUGCAGCCACAUUACUCGCUGCCGCUACUGA